AUGUUUCCCAUCGUUCCCGUGCUCUAUUACUCACCCACCACCAGGAUUUAUACCGCAUCCUUUGCCUUUUUUGAGGCGCUGUGGGAGGGAGGCGUCUCCCAUGUGUUCGUCAACUUGGGGUCCGACCACCCCUCAAUUCUCGAGGCCAUGGUCAAAGGCCAGAAAGAGAGGAAGGACCAAUUUCCUACGAUCAUCACCUGUCCCAAUGAGAUGGUUGCCCUCUCCAUGGCCGACGGCUAUGCUCGCUUGACCGGCAAACCCCAAGCAGUCAUCGUUCAUGUCGAUGUGGGAACACAGGGACUGGGUGCUGCCGUGCACAAUGCCUCGUGCGGGCGCGCCCCGGUUCUAAUCUUUGCCGGCCUGUCGCCGUUCACGAUCGAGGGCGAGACACGAGGCUCGCGUACGGAAUACAUUCACUGGAUUCAAGAUGUACCAGACCAGAAACAGAUCGUCUCCCAGUACUGUCGGUACUCAGGGGAGUUGAAGUCUGGGAAGAACGUGAAGCAGAUGGUUAACCGUGCCCUGCAAUUCGCAACCAGUGACCCCAAGGGCCCGGUAUACCUGGUCGGGGCCCGCGAGGUCAUGGAAGAAGAUAUUGAGCCCUACCAUCUAAACCAGAAGGUUUGGGGCCCUGUGGCCCCAGCUGCAUUGCCGGCUGCUGGUGUUGAAUUGAUUGCAGCUGAGCUGGCGGCUGCCAAAGAUCCCAUGGUCGUGGUUGGAUAUACAGGUCGACAGGCCCAGGCUGUGACGGAGCUGGUUACUCUGGCAAAUACUUUCAAGGGGAUUCGCGUGCUGGACACUGGCGGCAGUGAUAUGUGUUUUCCUGCCAACCACCCUGGCUGGCUGGGGUUGAGAUACGCAGGUCAUGAUCUCACCAAGACGGCAGAUCUCAUUCUUGUGAUUGACUGCGAUGUCCCUUGGGUCCCAACACAGUAUAAGCCAUCUGAAUCGGCCAAGGUCAUUCACAUUGACGUUGAUCCCUUGAAGCAGCAGAUCCCUGUGUUUUACAUCCCUUCCAUUGCUACAUUCCGGGCUGAUUCUGCCACUGCGCUCAAGCAAAUCAACGAUUAUGUUGCCACCAACGGAUCGCUACAGCAGUUUAUUGGAUCCAAGGACAACAUUACGAUGGGCCAGCGGCGGGAUGAAGAAUAUCUAAAGCGCCGACAAGAGAUCUCGGACUUGGCAGCACUCCCUGAUGGCGGCGAUGGGGCUCCACUCAAUGUCUCGUACCUCAUGGCACAGGUCCGAAAUGGCUGUCCCAACGACGCAAUUUGGGCCAUUGAGUCGGUGACUCUCACCCACGCGGUUGCGGAUCAAAUUGCCGCCACCCUCCCGCAGUCAUGGAUUAACUGCGGAGGCGGGGGCCUGGGCUGGUCAGGGGGUGGAGCACUAGGCAUCAAGCUCGCCAGCGAUGUCCACCACGGGGGACCUGGAAAAGGCAAGUUUGUGUGCCAGGUGGUUGGCGAUGGAACGUACCUGUUUUCCGUCCCGGGUUCGGUGUAUUGGAUCUCGCGCCGUUACGGGAUCCCUGUCUUGACCAUCGUGCUCAACAACAAGGGCUGGAAUGCACCCCGGCGAAGUAUGCUGCUGGUGCAUCCGAGCGGCGAUGGCUCCCGGGCCACCAACGAGGAUCUUAACAUCUCUUUUGCUCCAACGCCAGACUAUGCGGGAAUUGCCAAGGCUGCUGCGGGCGGCGAGAUGUGGGCAGGUAGAGCAUCGACUGUAGCUGAGCUGGCGGAGAAGCUGCCCGAGGCUAUCCAGAGUGUUUUGAGCGGAAAGGGUGCCGUUCUCGAAGCACAGCUGGACGGGAUGAUGGGAAAGUAUGUGGAGCACUCGUGA